GCAGUCAUGGUUCUCUCUCCGGUUCAGUAGUACCACAGUACAGAAGCAACAAACAGCAUCAUAUUUGAAGUUAAAGAUAGAAGAUAAUGAUUUCUGUAUUAGUUAAACCAAAUCUUUGUUCAAACCAAUACCAUCUUAAGGACUGUUAUGAUGGCAGUGGUGGCGGCAACAGCAGUAAUGAACAGCUCCCACAGUGGAAAACAUACUUGUAUCAGUUGCAGAAAGAAGCACCGCAUCCUCGGCGGAUCAUUUGUCACAGAGAAAUUCCAAACAAACCCUAUUUUUAUGGGAAAGAGUAUCAUGGGCACAUAAGUCGUGAAGAUACAGAUCGACUACUUGAUGACAAGGAUGGUUCUUAUCUUGUACGUAAGAGUGACCGAGCACCUGAGGCCUUCACUCUGGCCAUCAGAUUUGAUGGACAGACCAAAAAUUUUAAACUAUACCAUGAUGGCCAGCACUAUGUAGGUGAGAAGCGGUUCGACACCAUACAUGAUCUUGUUGCUGAUGGACUAAUUACAUUUUACCUGGAGUCCCGGGCAUCAGACUACAUCGAAUCCUUAUCCAUCUCAAACUAUGCCGAGUCUCCAUAUCUUGCCUACAGUACCAAAAAGAAAAGGUUGGCCCGCUCAACCACUCGGAGGAGCUCUACCGGUACAAACAACCAAGUUACCACAUCAAAUUGUUCUGUUGACAAUAACUCCUCUGAUGAACAGUUAUCACCAGAUUCCGAUUUUGCUACCAAUGUGCAAGAAUACGAAAAAUCUCACUGCUUUAAGGUGCAAAAUUUCAUUGGACUACACUGGUGUGAUUACUGUGCCAACUUUAUGUGGGGACUAAUUGCUCAAGGAGUUAAGUGCCAAGACUGUGGGUUUGAAGCACAUAAAAAGUGUUCUGAAAGAGUCCCAAAUGACUGCAUGCCGGACAUGAAAUAUGUUAAAAGACUGUUUGGCGCCGAUUUGACAACAGUUGUUAAAGCUCAAAAUACACCAAUUCCUAUUGUGGUGGAAAAAUGUAUCAAAGAAAUUGAACACAGAGGUGUAGAUUUUGAAGGAAUGUACAGAGUAGCAGGUUUCCAUGAUGACAUAGAAGCAGUUCGCAUGGAAUUUGAUAGAGAUGGUGAAAAUACUGAUAUUAGUGAAUCACGACUUGAAGAUGUGAACACACUGACCAGUGUGUUAAAAUUAUAUUUCCGAUUACUGCCCAUUCCACUUAUUUCUUUCGAAUCAUAUCCAAAGCUACUAGAGGCUGUCCAAAAACCUGGGUUGAAAGAAAAAGAAAAACUGCAAAUGAUCAAAGAAGCUUUACAUUUGUUACAACCAGCUCAUUACCAAACUCUAAAAUAUUUAAUGGCUCAUCUAGAUCGAGUGAUUGAACAACAAAGUAAAAACAUGAUGAGUCCAGAGAAUCUUGCCAUAGUAUUUGCUCCAACAUUGAUGAGAUCACCAGAUGCCACAGCUAGCCUUAUGGCUGUCAAGCUGGAGCAAACAGUUACAGAACUUAUCCUCUCUAAUCAAAAAGAACUUUUACGGUGAACUGUUGACAUUCAAUCACACAUAUGCAUACACAAACAUGCCCACCACACACUACUGCCAGAAAGAAAAAAAGAAUAAUAAUAAUAAUAAUAAUAAAAAGAAAAAGAAAACCUCUUCCGCAGUUGCUGUGUCCAUAGCAACACAAGAAGACCGAACUGUACAAAUUUCCUUUCCAAUUCAUUCGGUCUUCAAAUUUACUUUUCCUUUACUGAAAUUGGGGCCAAAUUUUGUCAUUUCCCCCCUUCCCAUAUCCUGUUUACCCCUUUCCACACUCACUCAUGUCCUAAGUUUUCAACAUCAAACCCCAAUAUAAUAGGCAUAUAUAAAAUCCCAAAACAUCAAACAGACGUUUUAAUCCCAAACUGUUGAGCAGAUAAUCCAACCAAUAUCCUAAUGUAAAUUUAAAUUUUGAUAAUACUGCUUCAAGAAAAAGAAAAAAAAGAAAAAAUUGGAAAAAAAAAUAUAUCCCAAAAAUAUGAGAAAAAAAAAGAAAAGAAAGAAAGAAAUCAACAAAGUAAAACACCUUUUUAAGAUAAUCCUAAAUCAAUUUUUUAUUGCUUUUUUUAAAAAUAUUCAUUUCCUUAUGGAAACAUAAAACUUGUGACAAUUUGCUUUGAAUCAUAAUCAUAUUAUACAUAAUGACGUGCACUGAAAACAGUUUACAUACAUACAAAUAUACACACAUACACACUACGCCUAUAUAUAUAUGUAUAUAUAUAUAUUAUAUAUAUAUAUAUAUAUAUAUAUACUUUUUCAUCAUGUAUAUUAUAUGAUACUGUGGGUAUAUAUUAUUUGUGGAACUUAUGAGAAAAAAAAAACCGAGAAAGAAACACGCAUAUACAUAUACACACUCACCAACCACACGACUAUCAUAUUCCUGUCUGUCAAGAAAUAAUUUAUCACAAUAAAAAGUUGAAUAAAAAUUUAAAAAAAUAAAUAAAAAAUAAAUAAAAAGGUUGAAUUUAAAAAAAAAAUUU